AUCUCUGUACUAUCCAAUAUCAUCAAAGCAACUGGCCUGUCAUGCCCACCACCAGAGUCUCUUCUCUGCCAAAUAUGCCAUGAAAAUCGAGGCUCAGCGUCGCUCUGACCCGUUUCAGGACAUCCGUUAACCGUCCAGACUGCUAAAAGUCCGUGGAACCACAACAACAGACACACAAAGUCCAGAUCUCCCCCACAAACAACCAAUCCCAGGGACCCCGGAGACUCGUCUCGAAAACUCCCCUACUUGACGGACAUUCCAGGGACUUGCGACACCCCCCUUCCAGUUCUCCUCCUCCUGCUCUUCGUCGCGCCUGUUUCCGACCAGACUGUUGGUCAACAAAAUCCUCCUCCUCCUCCCCUUUCAAAGUGUUACCAAGGGCUAUUUGCCGACCUACCUACCCACCUACCUGUCUGCCUGUCUGCCUGUCUUCCAGUUCAUGUCGUUGACCACCCUCUUCCGUGGUUCAACUCUCGUUCCGAUGUGACUGGGGUUGAGAAUUGAUCCCUCUCGCCCUCUGUCUCGCCGGAUUCCGCCCCCUCUCUCUUAUCGCACGCCUGGACCAUGACGAGCUAGUCAGUUUGAGAUUGGGAGCCAAGCCGCAGCAUGAGUGUGCGCGGGCUGGGCAUGGUUUGGACUUGGAUGGGUAUGCUGAGCACGGUGGGCGGGUUGACCUUGAUUGAAAACACGCCGGUCAUUCAGCGCGUGCCGGCCAAUGCCAGUCUGGCCUUGUCGGUCAAUGCCACGGGCACGGGUCAGGCAUUUUGGGUGUUCGAAGCUCACACUCAGUACUACAACUUGAGCUUGAAUUCCGGGCCCAUUUUGAGCAAUAUUAGCCAGGGGGGGAGCCCACUCAAUCAUGUGGGUUUGAUUGUCCCCACUCUGAACGACGAUGGGCGUAACACGCGGGUCUAUGUGCAUAAUCACAAUCAGUUUGACGUGUCGGCCGUUCUGCAAGUCCAAGGCUACAUUGCUCAUGCGCCCGUCCCGGGGGUGUGUAACGGUACGCAAGGCGCCAAUCUGACCUAUCAGCCCGCCUUGCAGGUGGUUUAUAACCAGGCCAUGGUGGAAGUGACACUGUCCACGGCGGGCAUCAUGAAUACCUCGGCUUGGUCUUGCAACACCACCCUCCAAGACCGCGAUUUCGUGUAUUCCGUCUACCAACGAUAUCUCAACGAGCGGAACUUUGACGAGGAUUACUUCUUGGCCGAACUAGCCGAGACCAUGAUUCGUCCCACGGACAUCAAAGAAUACGGCACGCCCAUUCAGCCGGUUUUCGUCAGCUAUCCCGACGGCGAAGGCCUAGUCAAGGUCCGAUUUGCGGCAUAUCCCGGAACACCAGCCAUUUAUGCGGCCGUGGUUCAACACCAAGGCAAUCAGAGUUCGGUCUACGUGUCAUCGGCCACGUAUGGGUGCAACUUGGACGUCAACCUUCCCCACAAUUGUCGGGUGAUGUCUAUGUGGGCCACCGAGCUUUUGUGCGCCAUCGUGUUCUUCUUGGGACUGUUCAUGGCCUUUUGCGGUCAUCGCUUCUUCGCCCUCUCCCAAUUUUUGUUCGGCUUUUUCCUGGGAGGGUUCAUCGGGUACAUGGUGGUUCAAAACUCGCUCAGCGUUGAAUACUGGGGCCUCUUUGGCUAUUGCGGACUCUUUGCCACCGUCUGUGGUGUGUUUAGUUUGAUGAUGUGGGUGUUGAUUGGCAUCCCGGUUUUGGCCGUGAUUGUGCCCAUCUUGACGUUUGGUGCCAUCGUGGCUUGCAUCAUAUUCUUCUUCCCGGCUUUGAACGUUCAACUUCUAAUGAAUGACAAGAAUUAUUGGCUCAUAUUCUGUGGGAUCGCUCUUCUGCCGGCCAUUCCAUUGAUCCCGGGGGCCAAAUUCGCUUCGCUUCUUACCUCGGCCAUGUUGGGAUCGACGCUGGUCAUGCUGCCCAUUGAGCAUUACUCGGGGUCCAACCUCAAGUACAUUUUCUUCAACGUCUUGCGACGUUCCAGUGUCGAUGAAUUCGGAUUGGCCUACUUGAACCCGCCCUAUCAAACAACAGAUAUCGCCCUGACCGUGAGUUGGAUCGCAUUAUUGGUGGUGGCGAUCUUGUUUCAAUUCCUGCGGGAACGUGAUAGGUUCCCCUUUCCACCAUCAUCCUACCAAUUGUGGCGUUGGUCCCAAGAGCGAGAUGAGGAGCGCCAGCGAUACUAUCUACAAAAUGCUCGAACCUCCAGCUCCGAGCGAACCCCUUUGAUCAAUGGUGACGAAGAGUUCCAGCAAAACAUGCGGAACAACAUCCGACAGGUUCAGGCGCAAGUCGCUGCUGCUUUAGCCGAAAUUAUGCGGAGACGCGAAGCCGAAGCAUCCGGAGAGGAAGAGAGUCUUCAUCUGCUCCAUUCUACGGCUCCUCCCGCCCCUUUACUCAGCUAUCUUGAGAGCCAAACCGCCACGCCCGCUGAAAAGGACGAUCAGCCCGACACUCAGGGCGGAGCGAGCGCGCCUCGAGCCCUCCGACCUUCGGGUACCCAUUCGGCAUCGGGAUCAUCGCGCUCGAGAGGUCACCUUUCGGCCGGUCCGGCCUCUAUGAGUAGUCGCUCGGGCGCCCGCAUAGACAUUGAGUCCAUGCAAGAUACUCGCGAUCCCUUUCAACCCAGCACGCCCGAAGGUCAUCCAGCUUGAGCGACCGGGCCUGGCCUCCGGGCUGAUCAACCUGCUGUCUGAAACGAAGUCUGUCCAACCCAUUUGUCAAAUCUCCCUCCUUGGUGCGGGCCGAUCUGGGCUCGUUUUUCUGAUCUGAUUUUUUGACCCUAUUUAUCAUGUAUGUAUUGUACGAGAUGCUCACUAGAUGAAUCUAAACCUUUUUGGGUUAAAACAUCGAGAAGCGUUGAAACCCGGACAAAUACAACGAAAUAUCACUCUAACA